AUGCGACGUUCAACGCGAUUAAAAGCUGCAUCAGGUGCUCGUGCUCCACGAAUGUCCAAAUUAAUUGCACAACACGCGCAACACGUGCUUAAGGGUGUAGAGAACGUGGAGGAUGAGUGGAAACCUCGUCAUAAGGAGGACGAGGAAGAAGAAGAAGUCUCGGACUCGGCAUCGUCGGAAGAAGAAAUGACUAGACGUCAAGCUCGUGGGAAAAAGAGAAAGGUUAUUGAGAGUGAUAGCUCUUCUACUGACCAGGAGAAAAAGACCAGUCGUUCAUGGACUCGAAUGAACAAAGUGAAGAAAGAAAAAGGUACAAUAAAAGUGCUUCCGACACCACCACGACCUCACGUGAAGAAGGAUCACACGGCUAGUGCAGCAGCUGUGAGACGCACGAACGCUACAGUGAAAAAACAGACGAAGCAGAAUGGAAACGAGACUCAUUCGGUGAAGGUUAAGGACGAGGUGAUGGAUGCACAUCGACGACCUGUGAAGCAACAGAAGCAUUCCAGUAUACAUGGAAAUGCUGACCGCAAGGUGCAAAAGACAAAGACACCAUACAGCGCCGUAAAGUCAAACUACACGCUGGACAACUUCUUUGAUGAGAUUUUAGAGUGGAAGUUUUUUGAGGCGUUGAGGCGAGAAAUAAAAAGUAGUCAUUCGUAUAACACGGCAAACGAUGGCUCUGAGGAAGGCGAGGUUGAGACUUCUGAGGUUAAGGUUGAGAAAGUACCGAGCAAGUUUCGCUCAUAUGAGCACUACUUCUCGGUCUGGAAACCGCUGGCACUGGAAGAAGUGCAAGCACAAACGAUCAAUGCUGUGACGACAGACCAUCCUAGUCCAACACCGGUCAUUUUGAAAGGUUUCAGAUCCACGUUCUUGUCUAAGAGCUGCAGAAUUCGUGUGGACUCGACAAAGCACAACCGUUCUGGUAUGCGGCGCAAUCAACUUUCUGAGUUGUUAAUGAACGAUUUGGUGCUCAUUUCUCCCGACCCAGAAUGCUUCCGUAAGGCCUUGGCUUCACUUAACGAAGUACAUGGCUCAAAAACCGAAGCAAAAGAUGGGGAAGCUGACUCGGACGCUCCUCUUGUAGGAUUUUUGGCAAUUGUGUCAACCCAGAGAGCGUCAAAAGAGGGACUGACUAUGACAAUGUUAAGGUCAGGAUGGAGCACAUUGGAGAAGGAGGAAAACAGCUACCUCUUCAAGCUCAACAAUUUGGUGACUAGUGUUCGCGAGUUCCGUGCGCUUUGUGAUUGUAGUCAUUACGGGCUACUGCCGUUGCUGUUGUCUGGCAAGCACAAGCCAGGAACUAUGGAGCUCGAUUCGCUGGGUCUUAAAUAUGUCCAAUGGCUUUCAAGAACUUUUAACGAAUCGCAGCGGGAAGCGAUCACAGCAGCGGCAACAUCAGAGGGAUUCACUCUGAUAAAGGGUCCUCCAGGCACAGGCAAAACCACAACGCUCAAGGGCCUGCUCAAUUCAUUGCAUUUGCGCGAGUACAAUCGGUACUAUAAUGCUGUAUUGGAUGUAGCGCGUCGUCCAGAUAACGAGACAGCAAAAGCGUGGGCUCAGGUGGAAAAAGAAAAGCCUCAUAUCUUAGUCACUGCCCCAUCCAAUGCUGCAGUUGACAAUAUUGUUAGUAAGGUAAUUGAAGAGGGAUUCUGUGAUGGCGAAGGGCGACGAUACUUUCCGAAAAUUGUUCGCGUUGGACGAGGCUUGAGUGCAAAUGUGCAAAGCGUUGGUUUGGAAAAUCAAGUCGAUCAAAUUUGUAGUCAACCGCUCGAUGUUCUUGAAAACCAAAUUGGCCGAUUGCGGCAUGAGCUGAUGGUGGUAGAGCGCGAUUCAGUGAUUUUGCGGGAUCAAUUGCGGCAUAUUGUUGCUUGGAUCGAGCACGACCCUCUUAAAGCGUUACAAGAAAUUGCACAAGCGGAAGCACAACAAAGGGAGAAAACUGCAGCGUCUCUAUCUGCUAUGACUGAAGCGUCACAAUCUCCUCAGCCCCCGCCGCCGUUAAGUAUGGCUAUCUCUUCUCCUACUGAAUGUGUGGCAUCGUUGCCUUUGUCGGCGCCGACACGACCACCAUCAGCAUAUCCGGAUUCUCCUCCACCGCCUCCAUCCCCUCCUGGCCCUGGCGUUGCUAGCGAGCUUUCAUUUUCGGGAGGCAAAUACAGCGCUGGUGUCUUUGAAGGUGAAGAAGACAGCGCUGGGUUGCCGGAAGAAGAGGAAGAAGACGAGGAGUUUCCUGCUUCAUUUGGGGCCCCGCCACCUGUUUGGGACGAACACGAGGAAACGUUCAAUGCUCAAGCCAGUGGGCAAGCUUUGAACGCAUUUUUGGACGAUGGCAGUAACUCCGAAGAAGAUGAGCCGCUUCCAGUCGGGGCUGGCACUGACAAGACCGAAGAUCAGGAGGAGCAUGACGAGCCAUUCCCUGUCACAUCCCAUGCGCAGACAGAUGUAGAAAUACCUACCUCUGAGAAGGCUGGAGAAUGGAACCGCAACGAUGAUAGAGCCGGAUCGACAGCAAGCGAACCUAUUGAAAUUGAUGAUGAUGAUGAGUGA